AGGGCGUGCUGGUUCCGCCCACCGCUGGGGACGUCGGCUGCGUGCGCAGCGCCUCGGGUAUAAAUACGACGACGCUGGGAGUCUCGCUAGCGUCUUACGCGUCUGAGUGGCGGGCUCUUUCGCUGCCGCUGAAGACGAACCUGACUCUGUUCUCCGCGCACCAUGGCGGACGAGGGGAAGUCGUACAACGAGCAUGAUGACCGAGUUAGCUUCCCUCAAAGAAGAAAGAAAGGCCGAGGUCCUUUCCGAUGGAAGUAUGGUGAUGGGAACCGUCGUUCUGGAAGAGGCAGUUCUAGUGUUCGGUCUCCCCGGCUUGAGGAGAAUGAUGGAGAUGUGGCUAUGAGUGAAACCCAGGAUGGUCCCCGAGUACGAUACAACCCCUACAGUUCUCGACCUAACCGACGGGGCGAUGCAUGGCAUGAUCGAGAUCGAAUUCAUGUUACUGUUCGGAGAGACAGAGCUCCUCCAGAGAGAGGAGGGGCUGGCACCAGCCAGGAUGGUACCUCUAAGAACUGGUUUAAAAUUACAAUCCCUUAUGGCAGAAAGUAUGAGAAGUCAUGGCUCCUGAGCAUGAUUCAGAGCAAGUGCAGUGUUCCUUUCACUCCUGUGGAGUUUCAUUAUGAGAAUACGCGGGCCCAGUUUUUUGUGGAGGAUGCCAGCACUGCCUCUGCAUUAAAGGCUGUGAACUACAAGAUUGUGGACCGGGAGAAUCGAAGGAUCUCCAUCAUCAUCAACUCCUCUGCCCCACCCCACACUGUACAGAAUGAACUAAAGCCAGAACAGGUGGAGCAGCUAAAGCUGGUCAUGAGCAAACGCUAUGAUGGUUCCCAGCAGGCGCUCGACCUCAAGGGUCUCCGUUCAGACCCAGAUUUGGUGGCUCAGAACAUUGAUGUUGUUCUUAAUCGUCGAAGCUGUAUGGCUGCGACCCUGCGAAUCAUUGAGGAGAACAUCCCUGAGCUGUUGUCCUUGAACUUGAGCAACAACAGGCUGUACAAACUGGAUGACAUGUCUAGCAUCGUGCAGAAGGCACCCAACCUGAAGAUCCUCAACCUUUCUGGAAAUGAAUUGAAAUCUGAGCGAGAGUUGGACAAGAUCAAAGGGCUGAAACUGGAAGAGUUGUGGCUUGAUGGGAAUACCUUGUGUGACACCUUCCGGGACCAGUCCACAUAUAUCAGCCCCGCCAGCAUGGUGGCUCGAGGUGUCACUCACUUCUGUUCUGUUCCUGACAGUGCCAUUCGUGAACGAUUUCCCAAGUUACUACGCCUGGAUGGCCAUGAGUUACCCCCACCAAUUGCCUUUGAUGUGGAAGCCCCCACAGUGUUACCACCAUGCAAGGGAAGCUACUUUGGGACAGAGAAUCUGAAGAGUCUGGUCUUACACUUCCUGCAGCAGUACUAUGCAAUUUAUGACUCUGGGGACCGGCAGGGGCUCCUGGAUGCCUACCACGAUGGGGCCUGCUGCUCGCUGAGCAUCCCUUUCAUCCCCCAGAAUCCUGCACGGAGCAACUUGGCCGAGUACUUCAAGGACAGCAGAAAUGUGAAGAAGCUUAAAGACCCUACCUUGCGGUUCAGGCUACUGAAGCACACACGUCUCAAUGUUGUUGCCUUCCUCAACGAGUUGCCCAAAACGCAGCAUGACGUCAAUUCCUUCGUAGUAGACAUCAGUGCCCAGACAAGCACACUACUGUGUUUUUCUGUCAAUGGGGUUUUCAAAGAAGUGGAUGGAAAGUCUCGUGAUUCUUUGCGAGCCUUUACUCGGACAUUUAUCGCUGUUCCUGCCAGCAAUUCAGGGCUGUGUAUUGUAAAUGAUGAGCUAUUUGUGCGGAAUGCAAGCCCUGAAGAAAUCCAGAGAGCCUUUGCCAUGCCUGCACCCACACCUUCCUCCAGCCCAGUACCUACGCUCUCCCCUGAGCAGCAGGAGAUGCUGCAGACAUUCUCUACGCAGUCUGGCAUGAACCUCGAGUGGUCCCAGAAAUGCCUCCAGGAUAACAACUGGGACUAUACCAGGUCUGCCCAGGCCUUCACUCAUCUCAAGGCCAAGGGCGAGAUCCCGGAAGUGGCAUUCAUGAAGUGACUGCGAUGUGGCCUUUGUAAAUAGCCCUUGGAUACUGUCUGGCUGUCACCCCUCGCCGUCGCCCUCGCGGCCCUGCAGCUGUGAUGCAGUGGCCGGUGCCACUCCCUGCCUCCUGGACACUUCCCGCUGCCUGGACUCGAGGAGGCCGAGCCGCGGGGCCGAAGGCCAUGGCUAUUCCACAGACUGACACUAAACUACCCGAAGGACUAGGUGCUUGGUGUACUUAACCCCGGGAUCCCCGUACUUUUUAAGAUAAAGCGUAAUACUGCGUUUAA